UGCCUUUGAAGAUGAGACCAUGAAGCUUCGACAGCUGAAACUGGAUAACCAGAGAGCCCUGCUGGAGAAGAAGCAGCGGAAAAAGCGCCUCGAGCCGCUCAUGGUACAGCCCAAUCCAGAAGCCAGGCUGCGUCGGUCCAAGCCGAAAGGCAGUGAGGAGUACACACCUCUGGUGGAAGCGCACGCCCCUCAGAACGACGCCCCCCUGCACGGCAUCAACGGCCCCGCCACCUUCCUGAAGCCGGAUGCCCGGGCGCUGGAGGCCACGCCGCAGGUUCUCUCCGUGGGCUCGUCUGUGGCCGAAGAGGACCCUGAAGUGGCUGCUGGGAACAGCACGCCGGAGGCCACUCCCAAGCCAGACCUCCGGGAGAUUCUCCAAAAGCACGGUAUCUCAGGUAGUUUGAACUUCGAUGAGGAGGAGAGUGACAGUGAGGAAGAAGGAAAGAAACUAGAAUCCCAUCCGCCGUUUUCAGAAAAGGAGAGACCCAGUUCUGCGUCCAGCCAGAAAGCCGCCACAGACACAGGGGCGGCGGGCCCCACAGCCCAGCAGGCCGAUAGCGCGCUGGGCGAGCUGGGGAGCUUGGAGGACUUCGCAUACAGCCCUGCCCCGCGCGGCGUCACCGUCAAGUGCCGCAUAACCAGGGAUAAAAAGGGGAUGGACCGGGGCCUCUUCCCCACCUACUAUAUGCACCUGGAGAAGGAUGAGAACCGGAAGGUAUUUCUUCUUGCAGGUAGAAAGCGAAAAAAGAGCAAAACAUCCAAUUACCUGAUCUCCACCGACCCGACAGAUCUGUCUCGUGAAGGGGAGAGUUACGUUGGCAAAGUCAGAUCCAACCUCAUGGGGACCAAGUUCACGGUGUAUGACCACGGCGUCAGCCCAGUCAAGGCCCAGGGCUUGGUGGAGAAGGCCCACACGCGGCGGGAGCUGGCUGCUGUCUGCUACGAGACAAACGUGCUUGGAUUUAAAGGUCCCAGGAGAAUGUCUGUGAUCAUCCCAGGGAUGAAUCUGAAUCACGAGCGGAUCCCAUUCCGACCGCGGAACGACCACGAGAGCCUGCUUGCCAAGUGGCAGAACAAAAGCAUGGACAACCUGAUCGAGCUGCACAACAAGGCUCCGGUCUGGAACGAUGACACCCAGUCCUACGUCCUCAACUUCCAUGGCCGGGUCACUCAGGCGUCCGUGAAGAACUUUCAGAUAGUCCACGAGAAUGACCCCGACUACAUAGUCAUGCAGUUUGGGCGUGUGGCCGAUGACGUGUUCACACUGGACUACAACUACCCGCUCUGCGCCCUGCAGGCCUUUGCCAUCGGACUUUCCAGCUUUGACAGCAAGCUGGCGUGUGAAUAGAGGAGGCAGCCUGGAGCCCGGCUUUCUCAGCACAGA